AAAAAGCUAUUUCCAUGGCUGGUUGCAUGGCUCAGUUUUAUUUUCAUUUUUCUUUAGGUACCACAGAAAGUUUCCUCCUGACUGCAAUGUCUUAUGACCGCUACGUGGCCAUAUGUAAUCCCCUGCACUAUUUAAUUAGCAUGAGCAACACGACUUGUACCAAACUGUUAGUGGGUUCCUGGGCAGGUGGCUUUAUUGUCAUAGUUGUUCUGUGUUUGCAGAUCUCCAGUCUGUCUUUCUGUGAUGGCAAUGAGCUUGAUCACUACUAUUGUGACUUUGCAGCACUAAUAAGGCUGUCCUGUACUGAAACUUCCAGCAUCGAAAUGUUAUUUUUUGUAGCAUCCUGUUUUGUAAUCCUGGGCUGCUUUCUACUUAUUGUUAUCUCCUACAGCUAUAUCAUCCGAACAACAAUGAUGUUUCCCACAUCUUCUGGGAGACGCAAGGCCUUUUCAACAUGUGCAUCUCAUCUGAUUGUUGUUUGCCUCUUUUAUGUUACUAAUAUCAUUAUGUUUGUUCGACCCACCACCGGUGACUUUUUCCACUUGAAUAAAACAGUUUCCAUCAUUCCAUCAGUGGUGACUCCACUGCUGAAUCCUGUUAUCUACACCCUACGGAACCAAGAAGUGAAAGAGGCUGUGAAGAAGGCAUUGCAGAAAGUUGCCUUGAAAGGGCAACAUAAUAUCACUGUAUUUCUGUAAUAAUGAUUGCAGGAUACUUAUAUGAUGAAAGGCCCAAAAUAAAUUGAAUUGCCUUA